AUUUUUAAAUAAAUAAUUCCACAAAUAAAACACUCGUCUGAUGGAAUAUUUUAUUGUUAUUUGAUGUUUGAUGUCACGUGGAAAUAUCACCAAGUUUGAUUGAUUAUUAUAAUUCUUGGAGGCAUUUAAAUUUUCAUUGGAAUUAAUAUUUAAUUUUAAAGAGUUGAGCGCACGAUGCCGUGUGUGUUGAUUCUUUCAUUUUAAAUAUAACGGUGUGUAUAAAUAAGUAUGAGCAAUAGCGCGAGUACGCAAGGUUGCUGUCGUCGAUGAUGAUUUUGCGGAGAGUUUGAAUAGUUAUUUACCAUUCAUGUUAAUUUUUAAUCGAACAAGUAUAAGAAGGAAGUAAUUAAAUACAAUAGUAUUGUAUUGUGGAAUGGCUCAUUGAGAUAUUGAGUAAAUAGACAAGAGAAAAUAAGUACGCAUCGAGAAAGAGAUAAAUAAUUGUUGGAUUGAGUUUUAAAAGAGAGAUGGAGAGAAAGAUCGGGGAAUUGAGAAAAUGAAAGCAAUCGAUGGGAUUGAAUUAAAAAGUUAUACUACGUAUACAUAUAUAUACAUACGGAUUUGUUUAGAGUGUAAUACACAAACAGUGUAGGGUCUAUACUCUCGAGGUUUCAGCAAGAAUACGAAGAAUGAACUAGACCUACGAAUUACAGUUUAAUUUUUUUUUUUUUCAAAGUGUGUUAACAAUGGGAAUUGUAAAUGUUAUUAUCAAAGUUUAUUUACAAUCUCAUUUUAAUUUACGUGAAUCUAGUAGACAUGAAUUUGUCAGUAACCGAGCAUCAAGUGCGUGAAAUGCUGCAGCAAGCAGAAGACUGCACUGAGGACAAUCCUGAUACCUGUAUAAUGAUUGGAAAUUUGAGUACAUUUACAAGGAUACUUGCACAAUUGUGCGAACAACGAGCAACUGUUCCUAUGAGUGCCUCUCACUCGCUACACUGUAAUGGAAAGGAAAAUAAUGGUAAAAUUGGAUCAAAAAGGAUGACAUAUCAAGUAUUUUUGGGUGGAUCUUGUAAUCCCACAACUUGGCGAUCAGAGAUAGCAAUCCCUACGCUUCAAAGACUUGGAAUUACUUAUUAUAAUCCGCAAGUCUCUCAAUGGGGACCGGAAUUAAUCGCCGAAGAAUACGAGGCUAAAGAAACGGCACAAGUUUUACUUUUCGUAAUAGAUAAUCAAACUCGUAAUACCGCGGGUAUAAUUGAGGCGGCUCAACUAGCGGCUACAAGAAGUCAUUCAUUAGUACUUGUUGUUUAUCAUUAUCAACAAAAUCAAACUAUUUUAGGAGAAACUAUUUCCGCAUUGGAAUAUUGUGAUUUAAUGAAUGGGCUAUUAGUACUUGAAUAUUUAACAGAGAGACAAGGAAUUCCCAUAUUUGAAAGUAUCUCCGGUGCCCUAAAUGGAACUUCCAAAAUUCUCCGAGAAGCAAUUAAUGUUCAAGAUUUGAACCACGAAGACGGAAUAAAGCCUACGCGAAAAAACGGCAUCGAUACAAUAAAAUUAAAAGAGGUGUUUGGUUCUAUCGACGUCAACGACACAGGAACUGUUCGUUUAGAAGAUGCCUGGAGAGCGCUGCAAUCAAGUAUUAAGUGCAAUAUGUCCAUGUCUGAAUUAUUUAAUGCCAUUAGUCAAUCAGAUACCUAUGAGAGUGUAAUGAAAAAUUGUUCAAGUAUAGAAGACUUAGCUGGACAACAAAUAAAUUUAGAGCAAUUUUGGGCGUUAGCAAAUGAAUGGAUGCAGCGAUUUAAAAAUAAUAUAACCACAUGUGAAGACUGGACACAAAGCCAUGUGCCUGAUUCCGAGAAAUGUGAUUUAUACAUUGGAGUCGUUGGGAAAGAUCACAUUUGGUUAGAAUCAUCAGCCAUACCACUGAUUGAAUCAGUAGGCCUGUCAUUAAACCGACCGAGUGCAAAUGACUACACGGUUAUGACAAUGCCAUCAGAGUUACAACGAAUGAAAAGCUCACGAGUUAUUUUAUUGGUACUACCUCAGCAUUCUAGGGGUGUUGCUAUAGCCGCAUUGGCAGCUCAUUUAAUUGGACUACGCGUUAAGCUUGUCCUUUGUAUACAAUUAAUGCCCGAUGGCUGUGUUGUUUCUGGUGAACAGUUAACCGAGCAAGCUACAAAAGACUACAAUCGUGGUAGAAUGUAUCUCUCGGACUAUGCAAAGCGCGAAAAUGUACCUGUAUUUCAGAAGAUCGCUGACGCGUUACAGCACGCGAUAAAGCUAGUUCAAAACGAAAUUGUUGUAAAAGUCGAAGAUGAUGUUAAAGAGAAGAAAGAUGGCUGCGGCAAGCUGCUUGGAAGAUUUGUUUGUAUUUACUGGAAGACGUUUGUCUUAAUCAUCUGGCCAUUGAUUCUAUUACCCUUGAUAAUAAUAAACAAUGAGCGAAUGUAUAAAUGUUUAUAUGUAAUUGCAAUAAUGGCCAUGUACUGGGUCACUGAAAGCUUGCCAUUGCCAAUAACAGGAAUGAUACCAGUAGUACUCUAUCCACUAUUGGGAAUUCUAAACACGGCUGAUACAUGCGAUGCUUAUAUUAAUGACACUACUCUUAUGUUUUUGGGCAGUCUUAUUAUAGCAGUUGUCAUUGAAAAUUCAGGAUUACAUAUGCGAGUCGCUUUGCUCAUUAUCAAAUUAAUUGGCUGCAGUCAUAGAAAAUUGAGUCUUGGUCUUUUCUAUGUCACAAUGUUUAUUUCAAUGUGGAUUUCAAAUACCGCUGCCACAGCAAUGAUGAUUCCUAUUAUUGAAACAGUUCUUGUUGAAUUAGAAGCGCAAGGUCUCGGUGACAUGUUUGUGUUUGAUGAUACUCCGAUUAACCAAACAACAAAUCAUGAUGAAAGAUCAAAAAGACCAACACGCAGUACGAUGGUAUAUUAUUUAUCAGCUUCGUAUGCAUCUAGUAUCGGUGGGAUUGGUACCAUAGUCGGAAGUGGAGUCAAUUUAACCCUGAAAGGAUUAUACGAAGAGCGAUUCUCCGAAGGUCCUGGAAUAAAUUUCGCCUCUUGGAUGAUUUAUGCCGUACCACCGAUGCUUAUUAUGGGAUUCCUAACGUGGCUUUGGCUCCAAAUAAUGUACAUGGGACUUUUUAGACCAAAAAGUCAAGAUGCGCGUGCCAUAAAUAUCGGCGAGGAAGGGGAAAAAGUUGCUAAGUCAGUUAUUGAUAAAAGAUACAGAGAUCUCGGACCUGUUACGUGGUACGAGUCGAUCGUCGCUUUUCUUUUUCUUGCCGUUGUGCUUUUUUGGUUCUUCAGGGAGCCUGGAUUCGUACGUGGUUGGCCUACUUACAUUACAGGCCUACCAGUGAAAGAUUCAACGGCUGUUGUCGGGAUAAUUAUUUUACUAUUCAUCAUACCAUCAAAAUUAGACUUUCUUCGUGCAUUUGACAAAGAUCCGAGCAAGCGACCGACCAGACCGUCGCCUGCGUUGAUUGACUGGAAGACAAUUCACCAGAAAAUGCACUGGAGUUUAAUUUUUGUCCUCGGCGGUGGCUUUGCCAUUGCUAUUGGCAGUAAAGAUACUGGACUCUCUAAAAUGCUUGGAGAAGAACUAGGGCAUUUGAAAAGUAUUAAUCGUACCAUUACUCUAUUUAUUGUCUGUUUAUUCGCUGAAAUUGUCACUGAAUUAACAGCUAACGUUGCUGUUGCUAAUAUAAUCGUGCCAGUUUUAGCUGAUAUGAGUGUUUCAAUGGAAGUUCAUCCACUGUACUUGAUGCUGCCGGUCGCUCUCUGCUGUUCGUUUUCAUUUCACUUGCCAGUUGGCACUCCACCCAAUGCAAUCGUCAGUGCAGCUGGCCACAUCAGGACUAAAGAUUUCAUUAUUGCAGGAAUAGGCCCAACAGUAAUAACUCUGAUAGUUAUAUGCAUAUCAUGGAUCACUUGGGGUGUCUACGUAUUUGACUUACAUGAAAUUCCCUCAUGGGCUCAUGAAAAUUAAUUAUUUUUGCACUUUUUCUCAACCUGUCUGAUGACUAAGUAUUAAUUAUAUUAUGCCGUGAUAAUAUGGAUAUUCAGUAAUGAUUUAGAUAAAUCUCGAUGGUUAUAUUUUUGUUGAAAAAAAAAUAUACACUAUAACUUCCUGUUAAGAUAAUUAUUUGUCACUGUUUUUAAUGUAAAUAAAAAAUUAUACGAAAUUUGUACAUAAAAAAUGUCUUUCUUUAUUAUAAUAUUUAUUAAAUAAA